AUUUCCUCCAGAAAAUUUUCGGCCAAAUCUCCCCGCGCGAACCCCCAUGCCUAGAGGCUGGGCGUCAGUGUGGUCGCAUCCGCCGCGCGCGCCGCCCGUCCCGACCCUCGUGUACCCGCCUUAAUUACUGCAAACAAUGGUUACACGUCAGUAGUUUUUGCACGACACACGGAUUGGUCUUGAGUUAACCAGCCAGUGAUGUGAUGACGCAGGCCCGUGAGCCCCUCGGCAUCAUGGACGGCAACCCCAACGUCGACUUCUCAACCAAAACCAAGCGCGGAGUCUACCUCUCCAAGAGCCUCGCUUUCAUCAUCCUAGUCAUCUUCGCUCUAGCCCUAGUCGCUACUUCCUUCAUAGUCUACAACUUCGCCGCUUGCCCCCAAACCGACCAACUCGCCAACGUCACUAAAUACGAACUUAGUCACUGCGACACGUCCAAACAACUACUAGUAAUUCCAUUAACAACUGAAAAUACUAAAAGCGUCAUACCUUUAGAAACUACGCCAGCACCAGAAGUUUUUGAAGAAGAUGAAACUACUGUUCAAGAUGUAAGAUUACCUACUUAUGUGAAACCUGAGAAAUAUUUCCUAAAGCUAACUCCUUAUAUUUAUGAAGGCAAUUUCACAUUUGACGGAUUUGCUAGUAUAACUUUGAAUGUUAAGAACAAUACAAGGAUUUUGACUUUUCAUGGAGUGGAAUUAACUUUCCAUGAUAUUGUUUUGUAUCAGAAAGAUACUGGCAGGCGAAUAAAGAUUGACCAAAGGACAGAAGAUGUGCCGCGGCAGUUCCAUAUAUUGAAAUUAUAUGAUACGUUGUAUGUAGGAAAACAGUAUGUGUUGAAUAUAACAUAUACAGGGAUACUGAACGAUAAUCUUCACGGAUUUUACAGAAGUUCAUAUGAAGAGAAGAAUGUUAAAAGAUGGAUAGCCGUAACGCAGUUCCAAGCGACGGACGCUCGCCGCGCGUUCCCGUGCUGGGACGAGCCGGCCCUCAAGGCUCGCUUCACCAUCAGCAUCGCUCGGCCAAGGAACAUGACAUCUGUCUCCAACAUGAACAGUGUUGGUUCACAGCCGCACGAAUCCCUCAAGGAUUACAUCUGGGACCACUACGCCGAAUCCCUUCCCAUGUCAACAUACCUCGUCGCCUUCGCCGUCACCGACUUCGGCAAGAAAAGCGACAGCAACUUCACCGUCUGGGCCCGGAAAGAGGCGCUCCAAUCUGCCUCUUACGCCCUGGAGAUUGGGCCGAAAAUCCUGCGAUACUUGGAAGAUUAUUAUAAGAUUAAGUUCCCGCUGCCCAAGAUAGAUAUGAUUGCGUUGCCGGAUUUCAAGGCCGGCGCUAUGGAGAAUUGGGGGCUAUUGACGUUCAGAGAAAUCGCCAUGCUCUACGACAGCAGCAACUCGCCGACGACAGCGAAGGCGCGCGUCGCCGCAGUAGUUGCUCACGAGAUCGCCCACCAGUGGUUCGGGAACCUGGUGACGCCGGCGUGGUGGUCCGACAUCUGGCUGAAUGAGGGGUUCGCGUCCUACGUGGAGUAUGUCGCUGUUGAUGCUGUUGAAAAAACUUGGAAGCUGAUGGAAGUAUUCGUCCUGAACGAAGUGCAGAGCGUGUUCAAGCUUGACGCCCUGACCUCCUCCCACCAGAUCUCUGUGGAGGUGGGCAACCCUGAGGAAAUCGGCGCCAUUUUCGACAAGAUUUCGUAUGGAAAAGGCUCCGCUAUCCUUCGCAUGAUGAACCACUUUCUAACCGACGACGCUUUCAACGCCGGCAUCACCGACUACCUGAACGCCAAAAUGUACGGCGACGCCGAACAGCGGGACCUCUGGAGCGCCCUCACCGCCGCCGCCAGGAAGAAAGGCGCCUUUGACGCCGACGUGGCCGUGGUCAUGGACUCGUGGACGCUACAGACUGGCUUCCCAGUGCUCACCAUUACCAGGGAUUAUAGUAGUGGUGUUGUUUCUUUUAAACAGGAGCGCUUUGUCCUGAUCAACAACGGCGAAAGCAAAGAGUCUCCAGUAUGGUGGAUCCCCAUAUCGUAUACAACGGCUACAGAGUCCGACUUCGAGUCCACGAGGCCGAAGCUCUGGCUGCGCGGGGAGAGGUCAAAAGUCGUCAGGAAUAUAUCUAUCGCUAAGGACGACUGGCUGAUUGCUAAUAUUCAGCAGACAGGUUUCUACCGCAUCAACUACGACCAACGCAACUGGCAGAUGCUGAUCAAGAUCCUCAACGACCCUAAACGAUUCCAAGAGAUCCACUCCAUCAACAGGGCUCAGAUCGUGGACGAUGCCAUGAACCUAGCUCUAGCUGGAAGGCUAGACUACAAGACCGCCUUAGACAUCACUAGCUACCUUGUUCAUGAGAGAAGUUAUGUACCUUGGAAAGCGGGACUGGUGGCCCUAGGUUACAUCGACACGAUGCUGUCUAAAGGAGCUUAUUAUCUAGAGUACAAGCGUUACGUGCUCAGACUUCUCGACGGAGCAGUGAAAGACAUAGGCUGGGACGUGGCGGCCAACGAGAGCGUGGUCCGGGCACAGCAGCGUGUGGAUCUGCUGUCCACGGCUUGUCAUCUGGAGCACGACGAGUGUUUGAGAACCGCUGUCGUCAAAUACACCAAUUGGAUGCUCACGCCGAAUGCUGAUGCUUUGAAUGACAUCCACGCAGACAUCCGCAGCACGGUGUACUGCGUAGGCGUACAAACCGGCAACGCCCGGGAGUGGGACUUCGCGUGGGACCGCUUUAGAGCCGCCAGCGCGCCUUCUGAACGAGAACUACUCCUAUCAGUGCUGGGCUGUACAAGAGCUCCUUACUUGUUAUACAGAUAUCUGGAGCUGUCUCUCCGCAACGACAGCGGCAUCCGUAAGCAGGACACUCUGCGCGUGUUCUCCGCCGUGGCCAGUUCUGCCAUCGGCCAGCCCAUAGCCUUCAACUUCGUUCGCGCCAACUGGCAGAGGCUGAAGGAGUUUGUCGGCUCCGCUGCAACACUCGCUUCUAUCGUGAAAGUGGUGACUAGACGAUUGAACCAACCGCAUGAAUACGAAGAGCUGAAAAGAUUCGCAGCAGAAUACUGCGCUGAGCUCGGCCGCCCAGUCCAGCAAGUCUUAGAGCGAACAGAGGCCAACGUUCAGUGGAUGCAGAGGAACUACCAGCCCAUCGUCGAUUGGCUGCUAGCCGCGGACAAAGCGAAUGCUAAAGCGUGAUUGGUCGGAUUCUAGUGCGUUGUAAAAAUGUUUA